CUAUAUAACACACUAUAAGUCUAUAACCUACAACAUCCAUAUUCAUCCAAGAUAUACAAUAUAAAGAAACCUCCAAAAAGAGAACCUGGUUUAACAAUGAAAAAAUCAUUUGUAAUAGUUUGUCUACUUUUCAUAUCCCUACACUUUAGCAAAGUCUUGUGCUGCCAUAAGCCAGAACAAGAGGCUCUCUCCAUGUUCAAGCUGAGUUUUAGCGACCCUUCGAACCGUCUUUCUUCAUGGAUUGGUGAAGAUUGCUGUCACUGGAAAGGAGUGAUCUGUAACAAUGUUACAGGUUACAUAAACCAGCUUGAUCUACGAGCUAAACCAGUGUGGAAUUUCGCCGAACCAUUAAGCUUUAAAGUGGCUUCAUAUCAAUUACAAGCCAAAGAGCUAGACCCUUGUUUGGUUGAAUUGAGGCACUUGAACUACUUGGAUCUAAGUGGCAAUGACUUUCAACGAACUCAAAUCCCGGAGUUCAUUGGCUCGUUCAAACACCUACGAUAUCUAAACUUGUCUAUGGCAUCAUUUUGGGGGGUUUUACCUCCCCAACUAGGCAAUCUUACAAGUCUUGAAGCACUCGAUCUUGAUAGCUCGAACCUUUAUGGUUCGCGUAUCAAUAGUGAUCUUGGAUGGAUUUCUCGACUUGUGAACUUGCAAUCUCUUGAUUUGAGUGGCAUCUAUCUGACUCCUGCAAACAAGGCUAUGCCAACACUCGGAAGGCUUCCUUCUUUGGUGAAGUUGCGGCUUCAAGAUUGUGGACUUGGUAAAACUCACUUGUCUAAUGCUUUUUACAAUUUAACAUUGCUUUCGAAGAUACAAUUCCUCGAUCUUUCGAUGAAUGUGCUAGAAAGCCCCAUUCCGCGAUUUUUCACCAACAUGAGCUCCCUUAAAUUCCUUGACCUCUCAUUUAAUAUGUUCAACGGUUAUAUUCCUUUGUGGCUAAAAGAUAUAAUAGUACUUGAAUUUCUAAGUCUUAGGGGGAAUUUCUUUAGCCGUAUAGAGGGAAAGGAAGUCAUGGGAAUCAUAGGAAAUCCAUGCAAAUUCAAAGGAUUGGAUUUGUCAUGGAAUAAUGUUCUUGAAGCAAAACUAGAAAACCCUCCUGAAAACUUCUCCAAAUGCAUUACAUAUGAUUUGAAGAUGUUGGAUUUGAGCAAUAACAAACUCGCGGGCGCUUUGCCUAGUUGGUUAGGGGACCUAAAAAAUAUAAGACGCUUGAACACUGGGGGUAAUGGAUUUGUUGGUCUGAUUCCACCAUCAAUUGGAAGCUUACCAUACUUGGAAGAGUUAAGCCUGUUUAGAAAUGGUCUCAAUGGAACCAUACCAUCUUCGUUACAAAAACUCUCAUCUUUGGAAAUACUAGACUUGUCACAUAAUUCAUUGAAUGGAACUGUCCCUUCCUUUCUCGGAAAGCUGCAUUCUCUGGCUCAUUUGGAACUGUCAAACAAUCAUUUGAAGGGAACGUUCCCAGAAGUCUUGGGUCAGCACAAGACACUGAUGAGAAUAAGCCUCUCAUCGAAUUUAAUGGAAGGUGUAGUGUCUGACUUGCACCUCGCGAACCUCUCUAGUUUAAAGAGUUUAGACUUACGCUUCAACUCUUUGAUCCUGAAUCUUACUCCAGAGUGGAAGCCUCCCUUUCAGCUUGUGGAACUUCAGUUGAGUUUUUGUAGAAUAGAAAGUCGGUUUCCUCAAUGGAUUCGAACACAAAAACAGCUCACUUUGAUGGAUCUUUCUAAUACGGGGAUUUCAGGGGAAGUGCCAGAAUGGUUUUGGAAGAGAAAUUUAGCUGGAGUAAAUCUAUCCCACAAUCAUCUUACAGGUCCAAUCACAAACUUUUCCUUUGAAACCUCUUAUGCAGAUCUCUCAUAUAACUUAUUUUCGGGUUCUCUUCCACAAGGUCAAUUGCUUAGCAAUGGUCUAGUUCGAACUUCUUUGUGCCAUAUGAAGAACCUGCAUUUGUUGGACCUUCAGCAGAACAAGCUCUCCGGAACAAUCCCGGACUGUUGGAGUGCAGAUGGAAUCUAUGCUAUCAACUUGUCCUCAAACAAGCUAUCAGGGUUAAUCCCCAACUCAAUGGGAUCACUUUCAAGUUUAUCAUUUCUAAAUCUGAACAACAAUUCUCUUGAAGGUAAAAUUCCUCAGACUUUCAGCAGGUUAAGAGGGUUGAUAAUUCUAGAUCUUGGGGAAAAUAAGCUAUCAGGCGAGAUACCAAGUUAUAGUGCACAAAGCCAUCCUUCUCUGCAAAUUCUCAGGCUACGAAGAAAUCAACUCGAUGGUGUUAUUCCAACGGAACUAUGCUCGCUACAAUGCCUUCAAAUCCUAGACCUUGCAAGCAACAAUCUGAGUGGAAACAUCCCACAUUGUAUUGGUCGCUUAAAUGGCAUGAAGUCGCUCCCUUCUGCUAAAAAUACAAGUUCUACUGAGAUCGCGUCACCUAAGCCUCCCCCAUUUCCUAUUGAACAAACUACCAUGGAGUUAUUGAAAGGGGUAGAACUACAAUACACCACAACACUUAUGUUUGUAGUGAAUUUAGAUGUUUCAAGCAACAGCUUAGUAGGCUCAAUACCCGUGGAUCUUGCAAAUUUGUCAGGACUCAUUGGGCUAAACUUGUCCAACAAUCAUUUGGCAGGAAGUAUACCUAAGAAGAUAGGUGAAAUGAGAUCAUUAGAAUCUCUUGACCUAUCUAACAAUAUGCUCUCAGGGACUAUACCUCCAAGCAUAUCCGAGUUAACUUUCUUAAGCCACUUGAACUUGUCCUACAACAAGCUUCAUGGAGAAAUACCCACAGGAAACCAACUCCAAACUCUCGAAGAUCAAUCGAUGAUAUAUGCAGGCAAUUCGGGGUUGUGUGGAGAUCCAUUGCCACAUAAAUGCAGAAGCAACAACAGUAACGUUCAACAAGCGAAGGAAGACAAAGAGCAGGAUGAUAGCCGUGACAAGGUGGAGUUAUAUGUUGUCAUAAUACUCGGUUUAGCCACCGGAUUUUGGGGAGUGGUCGGAAGUUUAGUGCUUUUGAAGAGGUGGAGACGUGCAUUUUAUCAGUCUGUAGAUUCUGUCAUGUAUUUCUUGUAUGAUCAUGUAGUGACAAGGAUCAAGAGAACACUGAGAAUAUAACUAGUACUUACAAGCCUUACACCAGAAAAAGUAUCUAUAUCCUUAGAUAGCACUGCAGUUUCUACUUGUUAGGGGAAGUUUCUUUUUUCCUCAAAGUAUCUAUCUGUUAGCAGUGAACUUAGUAAUGUCUUUUUA